AUGGCCUACGAGAAGCAAGCCUUGUACUACAAUGGCCAACGCCACGAAACCAGCGAGACGUUCCAAACCAUCGACCCCUCCAACAACAAGCCCAUAGCAGACAUCUGCAAAGCCGACAAAGCCGCCAUCGACGCCGCUGUGCACUCAGCCAAAGAUGCGUUCAUCAAGUGGUCAAGGACGACGGCCAUGGAGAGAUCGAGAAUCCUCCUCAAAGCGGUGGCGCUCCUACGAGAACGGAACGACGAGCUCGCCAAGAUCGAAACCCACGAUACCGGCAAGGCCUUCUCCGAGACCAGCGUUGUGGACGUCGUGACGGGCGCUGAUGUCCUCGAAUACUAUGCCAACCUCGUGGCGUCCGGUGGUCUGAACGGCGAGACGACCCAGCUCCGUCCGGACGCCUGGGUCUACACCACCAAAGCACCCCUAGGUGUCUGCGCAGGUAUCGGGGCCUGGAACUACCCCAUUCAAAUCGCCCUCUGGAAAUCCGCUCCCUGCCUCGCAGCAGGCAACUGCAUGGUCUACAAGCCCUCCGAAUUCACACCCCUCCACGCCCUCAAAUUAGCAGAAAUCUACACCGAAGCAGGCGUGCCCCCCGGCGUCUUCAACGUCGUCCAAGGCGCAGGAGACGUCGGCGCCAUGCUCACCUCCCACCCCGGCAUCUCUAAAGUCUCCUUCACAGGCCAAGUCUCAACAGGCUGCAAAGUCGCCUCAUCCGCCGCCAACGGCAUGAAAUACGUCACCAUGGAACUCGGCGGCAAAUCCCCCUGCAUCGUCCUCCCCGACGCAACAGUCGACAACGGCGUCAACGGCGCCAUGAUGGCCAACUUCUUCUCCACCGGCCAGGUCUGCACGAACGGCACUCGGGUCUUCGUGCCGGCAUCCAUGAAGUCCUCCUUCGAGCAGAACCUCCUCCAAAAAAUGGAAAACAUCCGACCAGGCGACCUCUUCGAUCCAGCGACCAACUUCGGGCCCCUCGUCAGCAAAGUCCACCACGAGAAAGUCUUCAAAUACAUCCGGCACGGCAUCGAAACCGACCACGCCAAACUCAUCUUCGGCGGCCUCGGCCAGCCCGAGCUCCCCUCAGGCGUCAGCAAAGAAGGCUACUGGGUCCGCCCCACCGUCUUCACAGACUGCACCGACGCCAUGCUCAUCACGACCGACGAGAUCUUCGGCCCGGUAAUGUGCAUCCUGUACUACGACGACAAGGACCCGCACUGGCUCGAGUCCCUCAUCGCGCGCGCGAACAACACCAACAUGGGUCUCGCGGCGGGCGUGUUUACCUCCAAUAUCGACCUCGGAUAUAAAGUCGUGCAGCGGCUGGAGGCCGGGAUUACGUGGGUGAAUACGUGGGGAGAGAGUCCGGCGGAGAUGCCGGUGGGGGGUUGGAAGAUGAGUGGGUUGGGGACGGAGAAUGGACGGGGGAGUUUGGAGCAUUGGACGCAGAAUAAGAGUACGCUUGUGGAGAUGGCCGGGGAGGUGCCGACUGCGUUUCCGAAGUUGUGA